AUGGACUUGCUUCACGCAGGAACCGUGGGUGGGUUCUGCAUCGUUUCGAGUGACAGCGACUACACCCGACUGGCAAUUCGGAUCCGUGAGGAGGGGAUGUUCGUGAUGGGAGUCGGUCGCUCCAAUACCAUCAAGUCUUUUGCUCACGCAUGCAACAUUUUCGUUCACACUGAGGACCUACUGGCGCAGUCAGGACACAAAGCCAACCGGAACGAUCUUACGCCGCAUGGUGUCCCUCCGGUAGUAUCCGAAUGCGAGGAAAUGAAGUCAGAGUCUAAGGUUGCUAUGCCCGAACACCGGUUGCUGGCCUGCUUUGCCCAUCCCGACGACGAGGCCUUUCCCGUAGGCGGGGCCCUCGCUGCCCACACCCGCCGGGGCGUGGACGUGCGACUGAUCACCACCACGCUGGGCGAGGAGGGCGAAAUACGCCAGGAGGGGUCGGCGACGCGGGAGACGCUGGGCAACAUCCGCGAGGUGGAGCUUUCCUGCGCCGUGCGGGCCCUGCGGCUGAACAGCAACGACGUCUGGGGAUAUCGCGACUCGGGGAUGCAGGGGUGGGAGGCCAACGAUCACCCCAGGGCGUUCAUCAAGGCCAGCACGGACGAGGUGGUGGAGCGGCUGGUGCUGGAGAUGCGCACUUUCCGGCCACAGGUGGUGCUGUCCUUCGGCCCCGACGGUCUCUACGGCCACCCCGACCACAUCGCCAUCAGCAACCACGCCACCACGGCCUUCCACCUGGCCGCGGACCCGGCGGCCUUUCCGCAGCAGCUAUCGGGCGGCCUGGAGCCGUACCAGCCGCUGCGGCUGUUCUACAGCGUGCGGCCCGCGCGGGGUUCCGCCGCCAGUGGGCCGAGGCCCUGCGCGGCGAGGGCAUAG